AUGCUCAGGACAUGCCACAGGAGGUUUUCCACGGGAUUAACAUUGCUUGAAAGCUCUAGUGUAAAGCCACUAUUCAAGCCCCAUUAUCUGAAUAAAGGUGCGAGGUCUUUUGACAGAAAUCUUCCCUUUCAGAAACUGGACGUCAAGCCAUGGGAGAAGCAAAAUAUAAGUAAAGAUGAGUUCUUUAUGAGAAAAUAUGGGUCCAUAAGUAAUGAAGAGAGAGAAAGACUUAACCAGAAGGUCGAGAGGCAGAGAAGAGCAAGGGAACAGAGAAAGCAAAAUGAAAACUCGUUUAAUAGAGAAAGAACCCACCGAAAUAGCUUCAGAGAAGCGUUUACAAACCCCUUAAAUGAAUAUUUAUUUGGAACGCAUUCAGUCCUUGCAGCACUUAUGGCAAACAAGAGGCACCUGUUCAGCAAGUUAUUCGUUCACAAUAACAAGGAAAAGGAUAUCAUUAAGUGGGCAAAAAAAUACUCGUUAAAAAUUGUUGAAAAGGAUAGCAAGGGAGAUUUGAACAUUUUAGCAAAAAACGGAACUCAUAAUGGCGUAGUUCUUGAGACUAAACCACUUCAAUUGCCAACAGUCAGCAGUUUAGGUGUUUCUGAUCCUUCUUCGGGAGAUUACGAAGUUAAUUUCUACAAUGAUCUUACAAAUACCAGUGUUGGACGUCUGAAAACUGUUGCAAGACAUUUGGAUAAUAGUCCCAAAUUUCCAAUUGGCUUAUAUCUUGACGGAAUCACAGAUCCCCAAAAUAUGGGUGCCAUAGUAAGAUCAGCUUAUUUCUUGGGCGCUGACUUCAUUGUGGUACCUGACCAUGACACUGCCAGAUUAGGUCCAGUCGCCAGCAAAGCAUCUGCUGGCGCUCUUGAGUUGAUGGAUAUUUAUCAAGUAGAGGAUAGCUUCGAUUUUAUAAGUCAGUCAAAAAAAAACGGUUGGUCCAUCAUAUCUACUAGUUCAAGGCCAAAUCUGGAAGAGCUGAGCAGAUUACGAACUAAAAAUAAGAAAGUAGAGCAGGAUUUAAACACUAAAUUCAUUGAAACCUCAGAAUUGUCUUCCAUUCUUCAGCUGACACCCACCCUUUUAAUAAUGGGCAAUGAAGGUGAAGGAGUAAGAACUCAUUUAAAAAUUAAGUCUGACUUUCUUGUUGGGCUCGAUAACGGAAGAGCCAAUGAUAGUAAUCAAAUCGUAGAUUCUCUUAAUGUCAGUGUUGCAGCAGCAAUGAUCUUGGGACAAUGCCUUGGUUCUCGCUAG